UCUUUUCAUUUCGGCCUAUUUCAAAUUCCAAUGACCGCCCAACUCUCCUGUAGCCAUCCCUGCUUCCUUAAAUCAGCCCAUCAGCGAUUCUCGUUCACAAUGCUAUCUCUGUCGCCGGCUCCUCGCAACACAUUUCGCCACAACGCUCCAUUAAAGCUGCAGCCGCAGGCGGUGCUCCGAUUUCCAUCUUCUUCUCCUGCAAGCCAUUCAUCCAUUCACGAGAGCUCUAAAAAGUUUCCCAACCCUACCCUUUCCAUUGUCAACAUCUUCGACCUCCAGACAUGCCGCUGUUACCUACUCCUUCCGGAAUCUUAGAGAAAGAAGAACCCCUCCUAGCUCCGAACCCCGAUCGCUUCUGUAUGUUCCCGAUCCGCUACCCUCAGAUUUGGGAGAUGUACAAGAAAGCAGAGGCCUCUUUCUGGACUGCGGAAGAGGUCGAUCUCUCACAAGACGUUCGGCAAUGGGAUCACACCCUCACCUCUGACGAGCGCCACUUUAUCACCUACGUCCUGGCCUUCUUCGCCGCUUCUGAUGGUAUCGUGCUGGAGAACCUCGCCGGACGCUUCAUGCGAGAGGUUCAACUUCCGGAGGCGCGCGCUUUCUAUGGCUUCCAGAUCGCCAUCGAAAACAUUCACUCCGAGAUGUAUAGUCUUCUCCUCGAGACCUACAUCAAGGACUCCACCGAAAAAUCCAAUCUUUUUCGCGCCAUCGAAACCGUACCCUGCGUCGCCCGUAAGGCUCAGUGGGCACUGCGCUGGAUUGACGCCUCUGAAUCAUUUGCUGAGCGGAUUCUCGCUUUUGCGUGCGUCGAAGGUAUUUUCUUCUCCGGCAGCUUCUGCGCCAUCUUCUGGCUCAAGAAGCGCGGUUUGAUGCCAGGUCUCACUUUUUCUAACGAGCUCAUCUCUCGUGACGAGGGACUCCACUGCGACUUUGCUUGCCUUCUGUAUAGCCUUCUGAUCAACAAGAUUUCGGAGGAGAGGGUUCGGGAGAUUGUUGCCGAUGCUGUAGAUAUUGAAAAGGAAUUUGUUUGUGAUGCACUCCCCUGCGCUCUUGUGGGGAUGAACGCAGAUCUAAUGAGCCGCUAUAUUGAAUUCGUGGCAGAUCGGCUUGUUGGAGCUCUGGGCUAUGACAAGAUGUAUGGUGUAUCGAAUCCAUUUGAUUGGAUGGAACUCAUCUCGCUGCAGGGUAAGACUAAUUUCUUUGAGAAGAGGGUUGGGGAGUAUCAGAAGGCGUCCGUGAUGUCGAGCAUAAAUGGUAAUGGCGGAAACCAUGUGUUUAUACUAGAUGAAGAUUUCUGAAGCCUGACCGAAGGUCUUGUUAUGUAUUAAAUUAUUUACUUCUCCUUUUUCUUGAUGAAGAAUGAUGGGUGCUUGUUAUAGUUUGAUUGUUGCUUAUAUGAUAUCAUCUCCGCUUCUCCAUGUAGGAGUGCCGAUAUGGUGUUUGAUGAAAUGCAUAAAUGAUCAAUAGUUGAUUAAAUAUUGCAAAUUUCGUUAGCUUGUUGCCAAGUUUCUGGCAUGCGAUAUUUCCA